AUCUAUCAAAGCUUAUUAGCAACAAGGAGAGGCUAGAAUUGCUCUCAAAUCUUGAAAAAGGUUAAAAACUUACAAGACCCUUAUCCUAUCUUCUUUCAACACAAUUUCACAAUAUAUCAACAUUCUUCUCUCAACCAUAUUAUUAUUAUAAAGUCUUUUUUCUCUCACUCUCUUUUUUCCCUUCAAGUUCAUCAUCAUUCACAUAGUGCCUUAUUUUUUCAUCCAUUAAAUUACUUUCUUUUCCAAAUUUUUCUUUUUUGUUCUUUGGUUUUGCCAAAAGGGUAGUGAGAAAAAAAAAUGGCUCCAAAAUCAGGGAAAGGGAAAACAAAUAAAGCUAAGGCAGAGAAGAAGAAAAAGGAAGAGAAAGCAGUGGCACCUUCUCUUGUUGACAUUACAAUAGUUACUCCUUAUGAUUCACAAAUUGUAUUGAAGGGUAUCUCAACUGAUAAGAUACUUGAUGUGAGAAAGUUAUUGGCUGUGAAGGUGGAAACAUGUCAUUUUACAAACUAUUCUUUAUCUCAUGAGGUUAAAGGUCGGAGAUUAAAUGACAAAGUUGAAGUUGUUACCCUAAAGCCAUGUGUUCUAAGAAUGGUUGAAGAGAAUUACUAUGAAGAGGUUCAAGCAGUUACACACGUGCGAAGACUAUUGGAUAUUAUUGCCUGCACAACAAGGUUCGGGAAGCCCAAACGCACCAUAACAGGCCCAGAAUCAAAGCCCAAGAAAAACGGAAAGGCCCAAAAUCAAAACAAGAGCAGCGUGAGUCCACCCGCGACACCCAAUGGAGAUUCCCGGGUCGGGUUACCGUCGUCGGAUCCACCGGCGUCGCCGAUUUCGGAUAAUGUCGGAAUGGUGGCGAUUCAUCCAACGCCGAAGUUGUCAGAUUUUUACGAAUUCUUCUCUUUCUCUCAUCUCACUCCUCCGAUUUUACAUUUGAAGAAAUGUGAAACGAAGGAUGAAGAUGAUAGACGCAAAGGAGAUUACUUUCAGCUUCAGGUUAAAAUCAGCAAUGGGAAAAUGAUAGAAGUUGUUGCUUCAGAGAAAGGCUUUUAUAGUGUUGGAAAGCUGUCUCUACAGAGUCACACAUUGGUUGAUCUUCUGCAACAGCUCAGUAGAGGUUUUUCAAAUGCCUAUGGAUCAUUGAUGAAAGCUUUCUCAGACCGUAAUAAGUUUGGCAAUCUUCCAUAUGGACUCCGAUCGAAUACAUGGCUUGUUCCUCCGUCUGUUGGCGAAUCUCUUUCAAACUUUCCAGCUCUACCUGCUGAGGACGAAAACUGGGGUGGUAAUGGUGGUGGCCAGGGAAGAAACAGAGCAUACGAUCUUCGACCGUGGGCGACAGAUUUUGCUAUAUUGGCUUCUCUUCCUAGCAAAACUGAGGAGGAGAGGGUGAUCAGAGAUCGAAAAGCUUUUCUUCUUCACAGUCAGUUUGUUGAUACAUCGAUAUUUAAGGCCGCUGCAGCUAUACAGCAUGUGAUGGAAUCCAAGUCUAGUAAGAAGAAUGAAAUGAAUUCUGUUCUGCAUCAAGAUCAAGUGGGAGACUUAUUGAUUGUAGUCAAACACGAUGGGAAUGGAAAGUUUGAUUCUACACUGAAUGAACCCAGUAAACAAAAUGAGCAUGUUCAGAAGAAUUUAAUUAAAGGGUUGUCUGCUGAUGAAAGUGUCACCGUUAAUGACACUUCUUCCUUGACCGUUGUUGUCGUUAACCACUGUGGAUAUACAGCAACAGUAAAGGUCGUCGGUAAUGCAAACGCAAAGAAGCCUAAAGUUCAAGAUAUUGAAAUAGAUGACCAACCAGAUGGUGGAGCAAAUGCUCUUAACAUCAAUAGUUUGAGGGUAUUGCUUCACAAGUCUGGAGCUGAGUUCUCAGAAGGGACAUUAACAUCCUUGUCAAAUUUUGAUGACUUGGAUGCUUCUAAAGAUCUUGUUAGGAAAGUGGUAGAAGAAUGGACGGAAAAGAUAAAAGAGGAGCCAAGUGUUUCGGAAAGGUCUAUUCGAUGGGAACUUGGUUCUUCUUGGAUGCAGCAUCUGCAAAAACAGGAAACUUCAACCGAUGUCGGUUCCGAUAACAAGAAUGGAAAUGUUGAGCAAGCUGUGAAAGGUCUUGGAAAUCAAUUUAAAUUUUUGAAGAAGAGGGAAAAGAAAGCAAGUGAGUUAGAUGGUACUGAUUCUAGGGAGCCAAAUAAUGACGAAUUAAGUAGUUCUAAUGAAUUGGAGACACUGCUUUCUAAAGAAGCCUUUUCGCGUAUCAAAGAAUCUGGAUCUGGUCUUCAUUUGAAGUCAGUGGAUGAACUCAUCAAUAUGGCACACAAGUUUUAUGAUGAAGUUGCCUUGCCAAAGCUGGUUACGGACUUCGGAUCCCUUGAACUUUCUCCUGUCGAUGGUCGAACGCUGACUGACUUCAUGCAUUUAAGAGGACUAAAGAUGGGAUCAUUGGGUGAAGUGGUUAAACUUGCAGAGAAUCUUCCACACAUACAAUCACUUUGUAUUCACGAGAUGAUUACUCGAGCAUUCAAGCAUCUACUUAAAGCUGUUAUUGCUUCUGUCAACAAUGUAGCUGAUUUACCUUCAGUCAUUGCAUCAACACUGAAUUUUUUACUUGGAGGGUGUCGAACUGAAGAUACCGACCAAACAUCAGGCGAUGAUCAUCGCCUCAAAAUUCAUUGGUUACGUUCAUUUUUGUCUCAAAGGUUUGGAUGGACAUUAAAAGAUGAAUUUCAACAUUUGAGGAAGUUAUCUAUUCUCAGAGGACUAUGUCACAAGGUUGGAUUAGAAUUGUUCCCUAGAGAUUAUGACAUGGAGUCCCCUAAGCCCUUUGGAAAGUAUGAUAUUAUCAGUCUUGUUCCUGUCUGCAAGCAUGUUGGGUGCUCUUCAAUAGAUGGGCGUAAUUUAUUGGAAUCAUCCAAAAUUGCUCUUGAUAAAGGAAAGCUUGAGGAUGCUGUGAGUUAUGGGACAAAGGCCUUAGCGAAGAUGAUGGCUGUUUGUGGUCCAUAUCAUCGAAAUACUGCAAGUGCAUAUAGUCUUCUCGCUGUGGUUCUCUACCACACAGGAGAUUUUAACCAGGCUACCAUUUAUCAGCAAAAAGCCUUGGAUAUAAAUGAAAGAGAGCUUGGACUUGACCAUCCUGACACAAUGAAAAGCUACGGCGAUCUUUCUGUUUUCUAUUAUCGUCUGCAACAUAUUGAGCUGGCUCUGAAGUAUGUUAAUCGUGCCCUAUUCCUCCUUCAUUUCACAUGUGGUCUGUCUCAUCCAAAUACGGCUGCAACAUAUAUCAAUGUAGCUAUGAUGGAAGAAGGCAUGGGUAAUGUUCAUGUGGCCCUUAGGUAUCUGCAUGAAGCUCUUAAGUGCAACAAAAGAUUGUUGGGCGCAGAUCAUAUACAGACUGCAGCAAGCUAUCAUGCCAUAGCCAUUGCUCUUUCAUUGAUGGAAGCAUAUUCUUUGAGUGUGCAACAUGAGCAAACUACACUUAAGAUACUUCAAGCGAAGCUUGGUGCAGAAGAUCUCCGGACACAGGACGCGGCUGCAUGGCUAGAAUAUUUUGAAUCAAAAGCAAUAGAGCAGCAAGAAGCAGCGAAAAAUGGAACUCCAAAGACAGAUACAUCCAUUGCAAGUAAAGGUCACCUUAGUGUUUCAGAUCUCCUGGAUUUUAUUAGUCCUGACAAUGAUUCAAAAGGAAAUGAUGCUCAAAGGAAACAGCGGCGUCCAAAGAUACUUCCAAUAAGUGAUAACAACGGUCAAGAACAUGAUGAUGCUGCUGCAAUAGCGGAUGACGGUGUUUUGGUUGACAACGUAAAAGAUGUCAAAACAACGGUAGAAGGAAAUGUCAAUGAAACAAACGCCACACAUGAUUCCGAUGAACCAAAAGAUAUUGGUGGUGAUCUCAGCAGGCACAAGCCAGUGACAAGCGAAGCUGUUUAUGAGACGUCGUCCGAUGAAGGUUGGCAAGAAGCCAAUUCAAAAGGGCGGUCAGGUAACGGUGCUAACCGCAAGUCCGGGCGCAGACAACGGCCUAAUCUAUCGAAGCUCAGCAUUCACAAAGAAACCAGUUACAGGAAUGACACUACUUCCCUGCCCCAAAAAGGAGCUCCAAAAGUAACUUCGGCUUUGUUAUCUCCAUCUAGACAAUCAAAAACUUCGAAAGCUUUGUUGUCCUCGAAAAUCUCAUCUUCUCCGGCAUCAUUGAGUUCAUUGGCUUCAAAGUCUAUAUCAUACAAAGAAGUGGCUGUAGCACCACCAGGUACAGUUUUAAAGCCAUUGUUGGAAAAAACUGAGGUAGAAAAGGUAAACGAUGAAAAUGAGACGCAGAAACAAGAAGCUUCUAUUGAAAAAUCUAUAGCUGAAGCAGUUCAACAGCAAGAUGAAAAAGAAGUAAUUCAUGAUGAAUCUGAAAAAGAAAGUUCUGCAUCCGAACUCGAGAAGGUUUCCCUUUCAUCUGAUCAGACAAAACCUACAGAAACAAAUGGAAGUAAGCUUUCAGCUGCAGCCAAACCAUUCAGUCCAGGAACGUUGUCUGCGUCUCGCCAUUUAAAUCCCGUUCCCGUGGCAAGCAUAUAUGAUGCAAAUGGGAGUCAAGGAAUACUUGUGGAGCCUGUGCUUCCUCCUGCUGCUGCAAGGGUCCCUUGUGGUCCUCGAUCACCAUUGUAUUACAGAACCAACUAUACUUUCCGCAUGAAACAUGGAUCAUCGAAGAUAAGGGAAAUAAGUGGAUCCGGCGGUCCAAGAAUCAUGAAUCCACAUGCUCCCGAGUUUGUUCCAAGAAGUGCCUCCCAAAUAGAAACUAGUGAUGCCAAUUCAAAUGUCUCCAGUGAUGAAAAUAAGAGCAGUCCUUCAAAACACAGUCUUUCGGAAUCUGAGAAGUCAGAGAUAGCAAGGCAGAUAUUGCUGAGUUUUCUAGUGAAAUCUGUUCAUCAAAAUGCUGAUGCUGUGGAUGAGGCUAAAAUUACUGAAGGAGAAGUUGAGGAUUUGGAAAAUUCUUCUGAUGAAGUAGCUAAAGACAGUGCUGUCAUAAAAAUAACUUAUGGAACUGAUGAAAAGAACAAGACAGUGGUUAAUUCCAGUGAUGACGGUGAAGAGCAAGAUAAAUUAGACGGUGAAGGAUUUGUAGUUGUAACAAACAGGAGAAAAAGCAGACAGAAAAUCACAAACGGAGUUCCAGAAUUGUACAAUCAGCAGUCGAUUUGUGCUUCGGUUCGUUGAUCAGAGUCAUGAAAUGAAUCACCAUUGCUCCAAAUUUGUUUGCUUUGUCUGGCCAAAGCUCUUGACAUCAUAAUAUUGUUAAUAGUAUAUGACCUCUUUCCAUAGAAUUUUGGUCAUUUAAUUCAUUUUGAUUUUUGUUUAUAUAAUAAGUUAAUUAGGUUUCUCUUUUGCUUUCUAUAUAAUAAACUUUGUCCUCAUACUUGGAAAUUUUGUUUUGUCAAUAAGAAGCUGAUUGGUUCACUUCA